AUGACCAUGGCAGCCAAGGAGUGUGCUUCCUCCAAAGAAGCCCUUGCAGGCUCUUCAUUAACUUUGACCCUACCUGAAGUCUGUGAAGAGUUGAGCAAGUCCUUUCCCUGGACCAACAAGAAAAGGAUGAGCGGCCUUUCCAGGCUUUGCAGGAAGAAAACGUCUUUGUCAGAAAAUGGAUGGAAUUCCUAUUGCUUAUCUUCUUUGGCUGCCCAGAACAUCUGUACCAGCAAACUUCGUAGCUCUUGGACUCAUUUGGAAUCUGCUUCCCUCUCUUGUUCGAUAUGCAGCUCCUCUUCUUGUUCUCUCUCAAAUACCCUGGCCUUGGGAGAAUCUACUCAAGCCCCGCCAAUUGCUGUGCGAAACCCAAACAAAGCCAUAUUCACUGUGGAUGUCAGAACAACUGAGAUUCUAGUUGCAAAUGACAAAGCCUGCAAACUUCUUGGUUACACUACUCAGGAAGUAAUUGGCCAGAAAUUGUCUCAGAUGAUUUCAAAAUCGAAUUGGGAUAUUAUGGAAGCACUGAAGGAAGAACAUGUUGGUACUGAAGAACAUGGAGCAGUAGUUCCAGGAACAGUGGUAGAUGUUAUUUCCCGUAGCAAUGAAAAGAUCCCAGUCUCUGUAUGGAUGAGAAGAAUUAAAAGCCAUUGCAGUCAUUACUGUGUGGUUGUUCUGGAGCCUGUGGAAAGACUGUCUGCCUCUGUUUUCUUCAAAAGCAACGGAGAGAUUACUUCCUGUGAUGCCCUUUUUGCUAAUCUCCAUGGCUACUCUUCAUCAGAAGACAUGAUUGGUCAAUAUAUAACAGAUCUGAUUCCUUCUAUUCAAAUUCCUGCACUCGGCAAGAAAAUUCCAAAGAAUAUGAGGAUUCAGAGAUCUGUUGGCCGAGCCAGGGAGGGAACCACAUUCCCUCUUAGCCUGAAGCUGAAAGUGAACUUCCCUGUUGAAGAAGUUGUCCCAGUAACAGAUAACUCUGUGCCAGUAUGUGAUGCUGAAAUUUUACAAGAUGGCUCAACAUCCUUACCCAUAGAUGGUACAUCCUUACCCAUAGAUGGUUCUUUCUCUGCUACCAUCUGGGUGUUCACCACCAUCAGUGGGCUGAUAACCAUUCAGGCAGAUGGUACAAUUUAUGGAGUCAACAACACAUUUUCAUUGAUGCUGUUUGGCUAUGAGAAAAAGGAACUGCUAGGGAAGAACAUCACAUUCCUAAUUCCUGGCUUUUACAAGUACAUGGAUAGAGUUAAUGACUCUUCUUUACGACUUCCACAGUCUAGAGGAAGUUAUAAUGUGGAUGCAGAAAAUGUGGGCUCCUCCAGUGCCUUUAAAGGAAUCCACCUGGAUGGCUGUGGUACAGUGCAAGGUACCAGCAUGUUCCUUACUGCAGCUGUGGCUUUGCUGGGUCUCCAAGAACAACAGGAAUUAACAAGGCAGAAGGAGACCCAGCUGGAAAGUGGGAGUAGUUUGCCCUCUUUUCCGUCAUCUCCUUCAGAGGCAUUGACAUCACUGAAUGGAGACUAUACACCUAGCAGCCAUGCCCCAGCCCCUGAUAAAGUCCUUUCUUCUGAGAGUCUACAUGGUGGAGGCUGCUCAGAGACACAGAUGACAGAACCUACUAACUGUCAGCAGUAUGAAACACAUUCUCUGAAAAGGUUUCAUUCCGAACCAUGUGUGUUGGAAGAUAGAACUAAACUGCAAGACAGGAAUCUUGCCAGGUGCGCUUUUGACCUAGUUCAGGAAGAAGAUGACCCUUUGGAUAUCCACAGUUCUGGUUCACCAGAUGAAAUCAUGAAGUGCCAGUCGGUCACUGCAACAAGGAAUGCUGGAGCAGAGUGCCGUACGAGGAAGGAAACUGAGCUGGAAACUGGGGGCAUCCUACCCUCUCUUGUGUCAUCUCCUCCCGAGGCAUCUACAUUACUGAAUGGCAGAGACUAUAUGCCUAGCAGCCAAUUGCCAGCCCAUGAUAAAGUCCUGCCUUCUGAGAGUCUACAUGAUAGAGACUGUACAGAGACAAAGACUGCCAAACCUCUUAACUCUUCACAUUAUGAAGCGCAUUCUCCAAAACGGUUUUAUUCUGAACCAUGUCUGUUAGAAGGCAAAACCAAAUUGCAAGAUCGGUGUCUUGCCAAGAGCAGUUGUGACCUCGUUCAGAAAGAAGAAGACAACCCUUUGGAUAUACACAAUUCUGAAUCACUGCAUGAAGUCAUGAAGUGCCAAUUGGCUGCUACAUCUUUGGGAAGGAAGGGUUCUAUCUUGGGCAGUCCGAGUCCUAUAUUAGAACAUGGUUUAGGAUUUGAGACAAACAAUGUGCCUUGUGAUGCUAUCCACAUGUCAUUUGGGACUCCCACACUAGAUGAGCCAAUGUACCGCAAAGCAUCUAGUCCCAAACAAAUCCAUGGGGUGAUGGAUCACCUGCCAUGUGGAAAUCUGAUGAGUGGCAGUAAAAGCAUCAACUUUGAAUGUAUUACACCAGAAAAUCCAGCAAAUGAUUCAGCAGCCUUCCUGCCUGAUGAAAGUAGCGGUAGCCCUCCUAUCCCUGCAGGUUCCUUAAUACCUUGUGAUGCCUCUGCCAUUAUGGGGGGAAGGAAGUUGGGUGAGGAAGUGGAUUCUGUUUGCUGUGGCCUGAUGGGCCUGACUCUGAAAGUUAGUGGAGAGGGGAGUUCAGACUCAUUUGCUGCCUCGGGACCAGUAAAGCUUUCUUUGUUAAGUGAGGAAGAUCUCAGUCAGGCAAAUAAUGCAUCUUCAAAUGAUCAAGUCAAGUUCCUAUCAAGUGACGAUUCUCCAAUAUGCUGUCAGAAGAGCUUGCUCUCUAGUGAGAAUUCAGGAUAUGGUGACAUAGAUUUCUCUACAUGCCGUGCUUCGGAGGAUGAAGGUACUGCAGGGCGCAUGAGGGAUCCUCUAGAAAUACAUUCACCAAACAACGAUGUUCAGUCCCAAGAAGAAUUCAUGCCAUCAAAACAGCAGAACAUGGCACAGGUGACGUCAACUCCUGUGAAGCUAGAAGCUAUGCUGUCCCCAGCAGCUGCUUUGAACAGUGAGAUCCUUGAAGGCAGCUAUUCAGGAAACUGCUACCACAGAGAUGGUUCCCGACUCAGCAUCCUCUUUGAAGUGAAACGUGUGGAACUGCACGACCCUGCUGCUCUCUUCUGUAUUUGGGUUAUGAGAGACCUCUUCCAGAGCCAGAAAGAAGCAGCAGCAAAGACACAUUUACUGCUUUCCAGUUUGGCCAAUUCUUCCCAAACACUAGGUGAUGUUUCUGCGCUUAGCUUGGCAGAAUUGAUCAAGCCAACACCCUUGCUUGAGAAUUCACGAAAAGCUGAAGAAUUAGAAAGACUGAGGGCUUGUGAGGGAGACUACGGAAAGAAAUAUGACACUCUCGCGCUCGUAGGCAAAGGAGCUUUUGGAUUUGUCUGGACAGCCAAGUGCAAGAAGGAUCAGAAGGAGGCUGUAGUGAAAUUCAUUUGGAGAGAGAGGGUAUUAGACUACUGCUGGGUAGAAGAUCCUGAACUGGGGACAAUCACUCAGGAGAUUGCAAUUCUGAGAAAGCUUCAACACCCCAAUAUUAUUAAGGUACUAGAUGUAUUUGAGAAUCGGCAGUUCUUCCAGCUAGUGAUGGAGAAGCAUGGACCAGGCCUGGAUCUCUUCACUUUCAUUGAUAGUCAGCCUGAUUUGGAUGAGCCUUUGGCAAGCUACAUAUUCAGACAGCUGGUGUCUGCCGUGGGCUAUCUCCGUUGUAGGAAUAUCCUGCACAGAGAUAUCAAGGAUGAGAACAUCAUAAUCGCUGAAGAUUUCACUAUCAAGCUGAUAGACUUUGGCUCGGCUGCUUACCUGGAACCUGGCAAGCUGUUCUAUACCUUUUGUGGAACAAUUGAGUACUGCUCGCCAGAAGUGCUCUCAGGCAAUCCGUAUCAGGGACCAGAACUGGAGAUGUGGUCACUUGGCAUUACCCUUUAUACCCUCAUCUUUGGAGAAAAUCCUUUUUCUGAGCUGGAAGAAACCAUGGAUGCUGUACUAAAGCCUCCUUACAGUGUGUCAGAUGACCUGAUGGAUCUUCUGUCUGGGCUCUUGCAGCCUUUUCCAGAGGAUCGCACAACUCUAGAAAAAGUAGUGAAGGAUGCUUGGGUGACGCAACCUGUGAACCUGGCUAACUACACAUGGGAGGAAGUAUUUGCCACUGGCAAGACAGAAAGCAAAAUGCAUUCUGCUGGCUGCAGUCAUGGAGGCAUCUGGGCAGUUCCAAGCCUGGAGAGUGAACAGAGUUUUCAUGAUGAUGCCAUUUAUCAUGAGCUGGCUAAUUCCAAGCCAGCUGGAGCUACCACUUCUGCGGAGCAAGAACCAUCAACCUCUUUUCAUAUUCAGGACUAGUGAAAUCUGUACUUGUGACACCUUGCGUUUCCUUAGGCGCUAAAAAAAAUUACUAUAAGGACAUGAAUUUUGAUGUACUUACUGGUUAUGUGCUGUAGAGUAGUGGGAUCACACAGUUCACUUUGCCCUCACAUCUACAGACUUUCUAGACUCUCACAUGUGUACAUCUUGAUUUUCAUAGUGCCUAUUUGCAAAAAAUCCAAUAUACAUAGGCUCAAGCUGCAGGAUAGAUAUCCUACUAAAAAUCCAGGAAUC